AGUAGAGUACCUCUGAUGAACAUCUAUUGUCAGUUCAUCGCACGGUUUCGUGGAACGUACAUCAAGAACAGGACCAUGGAAGACGGAACUGUAAUGAUACACGAAAGGGAGCUGGUGAACGUCACUGUAUUGCCAUGGAACAUAACAGGUAACAUAACAGCAACUACAAGGCCUGUUUGGGAAGUGGUACUGGACAAUGUGGCUACCGUGAUCAUGACUGUUAACACCAUCACUCUCAUGCUUGGUAUGGGCUCUGCCAUCUAUUGGAGAGAGCUCUGGGGACACAUGCGAAGACCGAUCGGUGCUGUGGUCGGGAUGCUUGGCCAAUUCCUUGUGUUGCCGGCUACCGGGUUCGCUCUGUCCCUCGCCUUCGGUCUCCAGCCCUACGAAGCUCUGGGCGUCCUUAUGAUCUCCUGCAGCCCCGGUGGAUCCUUCUCCAAUUUCUUUACCUUCUGGGUUGAUGGCGAUUUGGCUCUCAGCAUCAUGAUGACCACAUGCUCCUCUCUGCUGGCUUUUGGCGGAAUGCCCUUUAAUCUGUGGAUGUAUUCACGGCAUUGGAUGAGCGACGACUCCACAACUCUCGUCAUCCCCUUCGGAAGCAUCAUCACCUCCCUUGCCUUCAUCACCGUUCCCGUUGUCAUCGGCAUGAUCAUCCGUCAUUUCCACGAGAAGACUGCCAGCAUCAUCACUAAAAUUGCCAGCGCUCUAGGCUGGCUGGGUUUCUUCUCCGUGGCCACCAUCUGGCUUGUCUUGUACUGGGAGGUGUUCCGGUCGGCCACACCACUAAUCUACGUAGCCGCAUUCCUUCUUCCAGUCACUGGCUUCACCCUUGCCUACAUCCUGUCUAAACUUCUGUGUCAGAAUCACAAGAUAUGUCGCACCAUCGGCAUAGAAACGGGCUCACAGAAUAUGCCUGUUGCCUUAAGCAUAAUCUUACUGUCCUUCAGAGACCCAAUAGUGAAAGCGCAGAUGAUAAUCUUCCCAACGCUUUACGGAAUUACUCUGCUUCUUGAAGUUUUCUUAGGAAUCGGAGCCUUCCAACUAUGGAAAAGGAAGUUUGCACAAGACAAAAACAGUGACUACCCAAUGACACACACAGCAAAAAUAAUAGAAGGAGGCACUUUGUCGGAAAAAGAGGCACUCAAAGCUUGAACAAUUGUAAUUGGUCAUUGAUAGUACAGACUCAGGGUUCGCGACUACAAUCUGCAAAAUAAAGACUUGGGACUGUUAACAUCUGCUAGUUUCAGAAAUAAAAAAAAAUAUGCAAAUAUAUAAAA